AUCGGCCGGAAGACGGAGGACGGGCCCUUCGGAGCCGAGAAACGACAGCUCAAGGCUGAGGUGGACCAGCUUCAAGCGAACCUGAACGAGCUCAAUGAGAUGAAAAACUCCCUCGCAGAGCCCACGGAAGCUGCUGAGGAGCGUGUGGCGAAGCUGCGGCAUCUCAUUGAGGAGACCCAGCCACUCCUGGCCAAGAAGGAGCAGCUCCGUCGCGAGCAAGCCCGGGUCGCGGAAGAGACCGAAGACCUGGAGAAGGAGAUCGAGGAGCUGCAGCAGCCCCGUGCCAAGAAGCGGCAAAGCGUGAAACCGCGCCAGUCGGUGGCCCUGGCGAAUCCGAAGCGCAAGGUGUCGCAGCGACCGGCGAGCUUGCUGCCUCCGGUGAAGCCGUCAGCUUAA